AUGGAUCUAUUCAAGCAACAUGCAGCAAAGCGGCUAAAACGGGUCUCCUCGCCAUCUUCCGCUGACAACUUCAUUUCCAGCGCCUUGUCAUCUUCAUUGUCGGGUGAAGACGGCGGCAACAAAGACCCCAAAGAUACAAUGCUCACGUCCGAUCAAAAGUCGAGAAUGGAGUUCAAUAAAUCGCUUGCAAAGGCCAAAAUGAACCUCAAACUGUGCUCUGAUAAAAUCUCCAAGUUAAACGCAAAUGGUGAUAGCGUAAGAUAUGUGAAGUUAGAGGAACUGUUGGUUGAGGAGACAUGGUUGGAAGUACUGCCAGGGGAAUUUCAGAAGCCCUAUGCAAAGAACUUGUGCAGAUUUGUUGAAAAAGAUUUGAUUUUGAACCAAAUUCAACUUCUUUUUCCGAUCAGAAUCACACCCACUCAAAACAAAGCAAUUGGCGUACCAGAAUUCGAUAGUUAUUUUCGAGCUGAAUUAUCAAACUCAGUAGACGUGGAGACGCGCGAGAUGCUACUAAAGGAAGCUAUUAAUGAAGUGAAGAUCAAUAACUGUAUACUAGCUAGUCAACAACUAGAGAAAAUAAAGAGACUAAUAAAUGUUAAGGGAUGGAAAAUUCAAAGAUUAGAUGUAACAGAAGUUUUUAGGAGGAAACAGAGAAAUGCAGAGGAAGAAGCAGAGGAAAUUUGGAAGAAUAUGGUGAUGGGACAGAGCAUAAAGAUUAUGGGUAAAUUUUUAUGCGAAAAUAAUAGGAGCAAAAUGGUUUACAGAAAUGAUGUGACAGCCAUUAAGAGAGCAGCAGUGUCGGCCAUAGCUCAAUAUUAUUUUUCUGUUACAAAUAGCUAA